AUGACUACGCACGAAUUGCCAUUGGCAGACAGCGUGCCAAAUCUUCCGCUCGAAGAUGAGCAUUCACCAUUCGUUACCCCUUCUCACACUCCACAGUCGAUGCCCGAAAGGGGAGAGCCUCCUCGGAAACUCAAGCGGGGCGGUACGAGGAUUCUUUCGGUGCUGCGUUCAUUGACCAACAACACUUCCGACGAUUCCAUACGGGAGCCUGCAACAUGGCCAGCACCUUCGCCUGCCCUCGAUGGAGGCUCUCCGGAACCACGUCGACGCUUCAGAAAAAUCUCUAUGCCAUUCCUUCGGAGUCCCUUCGGCGCUUCUGUCACUGUCAUUCAUCGAAUAAGAUCUAAGACAAAAUCCAAAUCUAGACAAUCUGCCGGGUCCAUGGACGGAACUACCAACGACUUACUCCAGCCAUGCCCACCCGAGGCGGCCGCCUCUUCUACAUCCAAUGGUAACUCAUAUAGCAAUGGAAACAGCAAUGCAACUUCCAGUGGGAAAUCAUCCGGUCCAACCACCGGAACUGGUGGAACUGGCGGAACUGGAACCACUGGCAAGACUUCUUUUGAUUCCAAGCGAGACAACAACUUAGGAGACAAGAAAACUGUUCCUGUGGCUCGCGAAAAAGAACUAGAGGUUACCUUAGCCCCCGAGUCAAACUUGACAACGAUUCAUGAGUCAACUCUCGAUUUACCACCACCAACAAUUUUAACCAUUGAGCGAGCUGCGGCUGCCAAGGUCUUCCUAGAGACUCACUUUAACGAACAAUUCUCCAGGCCUAGUCCACGGUCUAUCCGCCGACGAUAUCUAGAAGGAGAAUUAUAUCAUGGGAAUGGCAUGACGGAAGCAGAGAAGAACGCUCGGCGACGAGCUUUUUACAAGCAAGAGACAGACCACCUCCGAGAAACCCGUGUGCUGAAAGCAAAAAGUAUAGGUGCGGUUCAAGGGAGACAUAAUCAACUCGCCGACAAUUAUGAGGUUUUAAAAAUUCUCGGCAAGGGGAGUUUCGGUGUUGUUAGGCUUGUUCGUGAGAAGCCUAAUCCAUACGAAUUGGCUCAUGGUAUUCGUCGAGAAAGACCGGUAUAUGCCAUGAAGGUAAUACGCAAGUCAGCCAUGUUGAGGACAAGUCAAGAGGCGCAUUUGCGGGCCGAACGGGAUUUUCUGGUUGCUUCAGAGGGCUCCAAGUGGAUCGUGCCCUUAAUCACUAGCUUCCAAGAUGCCGCCAACCUUUAUCUUGUCAUGGACUACAUGCCUGGAGGCGACUUUCUCGGUCUUCUCAUCCGAGAAAACGUACUCAGUGAGCCAGUCGCAAAGUUUUACAUAGCUGAGAUGAUACUUUGCAUCGAGGAGGCACAUUCGUUACGUUGUAUACAUCGCGAUGUCAAGCCGGACAACUUUCUCAUAUCCGCAUCUGGUCACUUGAAGAUUUCGGAUUUUGGUCUGGCUUUUGACGGACACUGGUCGCAUGAUACCAACUAUUACCACACGCAGCGAUAUACCUUGCUCCAGAAGUUCGGUAUACCCGUGGAAGGAGACGCCAUCGAUCGUGCUGAGGGCUUACAGGGCUCAGUCAAGUGGGCUCAGGGCGUGGCCCAGGCAAUGCAAAAACACGAACGCAACCCAUCACAUUUGACCUCAGCUUCGACAGUGCCGGAUGGACCACUCUUAAGCUGGCGAAACCGGUGCGGAAAUCGCAGUGCGGCCAGGUCCUGUGUAGGGACGAGUCAAUACAUGGCCCCAGAAGUCAUCCGCGAAGGCGACUACGAUGCAAGAUGCGAUUAGU